AUGAGCGUCACUUGCUUGCGUCUGUGGACGCGAACACAUUGCCACGGCAGAAUAAAGCUCCUCACAGUCUCUGCCAAGAAGCCGUUGCCUUCAAGUUCUACCCGGACAUAUUCUAUCCAUCAUAAUAUUGACUUUGGAAACACAAAGUCCGACCUGCUCACUGAGUCAGUGGGUGCAAGGAAGGGAUCGGAACCGAAGCAUGAUCAUGUUGGGCCUUUCCAACUCGGUCUUUCUCAGUCGGCGUUGCGGAAGGGAGAAAAGAUCAAAAAAUGGUCGGAGCUUAGUACCGGAGGAAAGGUAAUGCGCACGACGGCGCGUACCACGAACCUCGGUGUCAUACUCCUUGGUGCAGGGCUUUCAGCUCUGUUAAUCUACUCUCUGACAUCUGAACUCUUCUCGAGGAAUUCUCCUACCGUUCUGUACGGUGACGCUUGCGAGCGGAUAAAGCAAUCGAGCAAAAUUGCCAAAUACCUGAAUGCACCAUUGACAUUUCAUAACAACCCUCCUUCAUCUGUUCGGCCGCGACACCGGAACCGACAUGUAACGUCCAAAGUCAUGGUAGACACUCACGGCCAAGAACACAUGAUCAUGACGUUCUACGUGCAAGGUCGGCCAGAAGGCGAAGCACCACCUUCAGACGACUCGUACCUCCAAAUCCUUUCUACGUGGUUCCAGGGUAAGACCGCGGACCUGUCCGAUCUAUCCUUUGACGAAGCCGUGGAAUGGUCUAAGGAGAGUACUCAAAACAUUUGGGACAAGUCGGUGCGCGCGUUCAAGUAUCUGUCGGGUGCCCCGUUACCUCCGCCUCCCCUUCCUCCCCUUCCAACAUCGGAAAAGCAGGAGAUUGCCAAAAAGCAGGAGAGCAGUGCAUGGAGAUUCGCUGGAAUAUUCUCCUCCUUGAGAUCACCCAAAGGCCCCACUGCGGAGUCACCUGCGCGACAAAUGGAUAGACAUUUCACGGAGGGUGAAGUGCAUGCCGACCUCGUCAAGAACCAAGACGGCUAUUUCGUCUUCCGAUACCUUCUCGUGGACAUUCCGAGUUCGCGAGAUUACAAUCCUGUGAGAAUAUUCGUGGAACGACAGCCAGGAGUCAGAGAUAAUGUGCCUGUCAUGCGAUGGAUCUCAUAA